UACUGUUUUAGAUAAUGAUGCAGUAUUACACUUCAGUAUACUUACAUUUCAUGGAAUAUUGAAGAGAUAUUGUUGGAAAACUUGAGUGAUGCAGUAUUAUUGUUUUACUGUCAUUCUAUAUAAGGGAGCAAAUUAUUCCUGGGCAUAAUGCAGAAUGACUCAUCUCGGGCUCCCUUAGCAUCUUUUGAUACUAUUGACCUUGGAGAAGAAGAAAAGGCUUUCAGAGGCGUUUCUGUGAAUACUAGAGCAUUGAAAACUAACAACCAGCAUGAAAUUAACCAAUCCAUCAAAAAGUCAGGAGAUGAAAAUGUGUUUGAUGAAUGUGAUUCUAAACUUAGAAAGAAAAUUGGAAAAUUUUUAACCGCCAAAACGUACAAAAAAAUAUCAGAACCCAAGGAGGGAAAGAAUCAUGCAGGUGAGAGGGAUACUGAUGAUGCCAUAACUAAAGCUUCUCCCCCACCAUGUAACAGUUCAGAUUCAGAUUCUGAGAGUUCCGAUUCUGAUAGUGGGUAUUUACGUUCUGGAUAUGUGAAAGUGGAAAGCAGACAGUCUGGUGAUUCUGAUUCUGGACUUCACUUUGAAACAUCUUACUUUAAGCACAUUUCAGAUUCUAUCCAUCUUAAUAAUGAUAGUUCCUGUGAACCAACACCUACAUCUUCCCCAAUAUUACCAAGAGUGUCAAUCUCAACUCUUCUUGGAGAACUACAGAAUGAAAAAAUUCAGUCCAAAAGGAAGGCUUUAGAGAAAAAAAUACAGAGACUUCAGGUAACUAAUACACCUGUUGAAAGACCUCGGAGUACAACUCCAAUAAAUGUCCACACUUUUGAGGAGUAUGUCAAGGAAUUUGACUCUCCAGAGAAAAAGUCAUGUAUUGAAAGUGGAGUAAAAUUACAGAUAAAACUUCCUGGAGAAGAAUUCAGUCAUAAGCAUAAAAGUCCAAGGAAACUAAAAUCUAGUCAGAAAGAUAAUUUAACUGUGUUUAACUUUAAUGAAGAUCAGCUAUUUUCCCGGACAAAGUCUGCUGUUGUUGUGCAGGAUGAUGGAGUAAGCCCUACCCCCUCACCUAGACGGGUACUUCUUCCUCCCAACCUAACCCCAACAGCAAGUCCUGUACUUUCAAGAGGUCAUGUUGAAGUCAGUCCAAACUUUUUUGAGAAUAAGACUCUUAUUAAUGAAAGUAAAUCCACAGAGAAUUUGGAGUGGGUGGCAUUUGAUCAAACAAAAUCAUCAGAAGCUAAUGACAAUUGGUUUAAACAAGACUUAAUCAAUGCUCAACUUGUUGGAGAUCAAUCAGCAAUUUCAAACUCUGCUUCAUUCAGUGCUUUAAUUGGUGACGAAUCUUAUAAAAAUGAAGAGGAGGAUGUGUUAACUGUGAAUAUUGCAGAAGUUGAUGGGAGAAAAGUGGUGGAUAUUCAGUGUCAACAGCAUAGACACAGUGAAAAAGACAGCAAAGACUUAGGGCAAAAAAAUCAUCAAUGCCAAAGUACCCCGAACUCAAGCAUAGCCUCAGAGACCACAGGUUCAUCUGAUGUUAAAUCUGAACAGGAGAGUGGCAGUUUUGACCUAAUUCAAGAGAUAGAGCUAGAAAUGAAGAAGAGACACCAGUCAUCUUCACAGCCUUUCCAAAAACCCAACAUUUCAGAUGUGUCUGCAUCAUAGCCCAAAAUUAAUGAACCAUAUAUUUAUU